AUGUCGUCCCGCAAAGAUAGAAUCAAGAGCUUUGUCAACAGGCACAUGCGCAAGAACAAGGACCAGCCCACUGCCACUCCGACAACUCCUACGACUGCCGCCAAGGCGGCUGAACCCUACCUCCAACCCGCAACACUUCCAUCUCAGCCUGCGCAGCAGACGACCACGACGACGACGACAAGUCAGCCCAGCACACAAAGACCGCCAGCGGGCAUCAACAACCGCGCAGCAACGCAGCAGACCGCAGCCGCCACGGGGACUGGAACGCUGCAAGUCCAGCUCGAGAACCAGUCUACUUCAGACCAAGUCUAUGCAUACAUCAGUCCGUCCUCUUGUUUUCUUACGGAUGUUACAACCUUUCACUAACCUCUACUUCCUCAGCCGGUCUGGCCCUGGACAACAACAACGCUGUAUUUCUCCUCCAGGCCGACGCAAAGACACCCUACUAUCCAGCUAGUCCCUCCACCACUGGGGCAAGCCUUGCCGUCAAUUGCUCCAUUGCGCUCGGGGCUCCUGGCAACAUCGUCAACGCCACCAUCCCUCGUCUCGCGGGUGCAAGAAUCUGGUUCUCCAUCGGCACCCCUCUGACGUUCCUCCUCAAUCCAGGUCCUGGCCUUGUUGAACCCUCCGUUUUCAACCAGUCGGAUGCAAACUACAAUGUGAAUUUCGGCUUCUGCGAAUUCACGUUCAACUCUGCCCAGGUCUUUAUCAACAUCAGCUACGUCGAUUUCGUGAGCAAUGUCCCCAUUGCCCUCACACUCAACGAUACUUCCGGCACAAGCCAGCAUGUCAGUGGCAUGGGACCGAACGGGUUGGCCACUGUUGCAAACGGUCUCCGAGCGCAGACGGCAGCCGAUGGAAGGAGGUGGAGUUCGCUGAUUGUGCAAAACAAUGGGCAGGAUCUUAGAGCUUUGAGUCCAAACUCGGGCAUUACGACGAACCCGUCUUGGUUCCAGACGUACUGGACUGACUACGUUAAUCAAGGUAGACUCUCCUAUCAGGGUGCCCAGCUAUCCUGUCUCGCUGACCUUGUUCAACCCAGUCUGGUCCCGCUACACCUCCCAGUCCCUCCAACUGAACACCCAGGCCCAGUGGGGGACUGUGACAGGCCAAGUCAACAGCAACGGUGUGCUCGACUUCGGCGACGGCAGUACUUUCUCCAGACCGACCUCUGCCGAUAUCUUUAGUAAUUCGACCGGUCCGUUCGCCACCGGUAGUAACGCGAAGACGAACUCGAUCAUUCCGAGGUUAGCGGCGGCUUUCAACCGGACCCUUUUGCUGCUCAGUUCGGAAACUCCGAAUGGAACCAAUGCGAGCCAGUACUAUACCAACAGUCCAACCAACGUGAGGAUUGAAGCCACCUACUACUACAUGUGAGGCUUGAUGGCUGACCUAGUGCUUUGUCAGCAUUACGCUCGCAUCGUCCAUGCCGCGAAUGUCGAUGGAAGAGGAUAUGCCUUCCCGUACGACGAUGUCGCUCCCGAUGGAGGUCAGAGACGUCCUAAGCCAUACGAAUGCAUGAAGAAGUUCUACGCUGACAUUUCCCGCAGGUGCACCACAAGAGGGCGCCAUUUUCAGCUUCUCCCCGUCGAGCUUGCGGGUCACAAUGGGCGGCCAGAAUGCCUACGCAGCUUGA